UUUGCGGAAUGCGGGUGUUGAGGAAAAAUAAGGCCCCUGAUCAGAGUGCAGGGCAACAGUGCAGACUAUCUGUAACUGUAAAUCAUUUCAGGCCCGCUUUCUCGCCACAAACUAGGAAUAGUAAUGUGGUAAUGUGGACCUUCGGCUGCGGAAGCCAUCGACACCGCUGUCGCCCCGCCGUGCCUUUGUGAGUGCUAACGGGCCGAGAGACCCACCAUGGCCUCACCGUUACCCCGCUGCACAGCUGUCAGACUCCCCGCUCUGGCCGCCGCCGUCCUGCUCUUGGUGUCGGUGCCCAGUGUACAGUCCUCUCAAGGCGACAAGGAGCCGGUUUACCGAGACUGUGUGAAGCAAUGUGUCCGUACCAACUGCACCGGAGCUCGGCUACGGGGCUUUCAGUCCGCCCAGCCGCAGUACAUGAUGCUGACAGGCUGGACAUGUCGUGACGACUGUCGCUACCAGUGCAUGUGGACCACGGUGGGCCUUUACCAGGCCGAGGGGUACAGAGUCCCACAGUUCCAUGGCAAGUGGCCAUUUGCACGCUUCCUGUGUUUUGAGGAGCCGGCGUCAGCCCUGGCCUCUCUGCUCAAUGGCCUGGCUUGCCUACUCAUGUUGAUGCGCUAUCGGAGCACAGUGCCACGCCAGAGCCCCAUGUACCACACCAUCAACGCCUUCUCUCUGGUAUCUCUCAACGCCUGGUUCUGGUCCACAGUGUUUCACACUCGGGACACCUAUCUCACUGAGAAAAUGGACUAUUUCUGUGCAACAGCAGUGAUUCUUUACUCCAUCUAUCUAUGCUGUGUCAGAACUUUGGGUCUGAGGCGUCCAGGGGUUUCCAGCAUGGUGGGAGUCUUGCUCAUCUUGGCCUUUACCUCGCAUGUAUCCUACUUGACCUUUGUCAGUUUCGACUACGGCUACAACAUGGCUGCUAACGCCACCAUAGGCAUGGUGAACCUGCUGUGGUGGCUGUGUUGGUGCUGGCAGAACCGGCGGACCCUGCCCUACUGGUGGAAGUGUGGCCUGGUGGUGCUGCUGCUUCACGGUCUGGCCCUGCUGGAGUUGCUGGACUUCCCCCCACUGCUCUGGGUCUUAGACGCUCAUGCAGUGUGGCACCUCAGCACCGUCCCUGUGCACUUCCUUUUCUACAGUUUCCUGAUAGAUGACAGCCUCUACUUGCUAAACACAGAGAAGAUGGGCGUCAAAGUCGAGUAGGAGGAGCUCACGGCCUCGUCGCCACGCCUACACCCUCGCACCUCUCCAAUCAGGGCAGCCGCACACCCGAACGUGGCAGUAGCUCAGCCUCCCAGAUGACAUGCAUGACACCUUUUGCGACUAUGACUUCCAUCAAAGUAGACUUUGUUUACACUCUCUCUCUCUCGUUUUUUUAAUUUUCUUGUAUUUAUUUGAUGUUGUUUCUCUUUUUUUUUAUUUUCAAUGAGAAUUAUCACGAUUGAUGCUUGCUCUACUUUGCCUUGUAAUGACAUGUGCACUACUUUUCUUUUUUGUCGUCUAUCAAAACUACAAAACAGGACGAAGGAAAAAGUGUUUUCUACCACAGCAGACCCAGUUUUUGAGUUCCAAAUGUGACUGGGGUACAUAUCCUAAUCCUCCCCUCCUUCAUUCCCUGAAUCCCAACGAUCUGACAGAAGCUCGCUCGCACCAGCUUCAGCCCCUCUGAAGUAACCUCGCUUUGCACAAAUGCAGUUUGCCACAGCUGACAAUAGAUGGCACCAAAUCCCUUGCCACGCCAUCUUAACCUACACCGUGUUGUCAGGCUCCAUCUAUGCCAAAAGUGGACUGGCGGACACAGAGAGGUGCCCCUUGUGAAGGGGGGCUGCCAGCAGAUUGUUCGAGAGAGGGGGGAGGUGGUUUAUGUUUAGAGGCUAUUCUAGCUGACUGUGUUUUUUUUUCUUCUUUUCUCACCAUCACACCUUUUAUUUUUGUGCCUCUGUUGUUUCCACUGCUGCUUUUGUUUCUUAACACUCUUCAGGAUCAUUUCAGGUUAUUAUUUUCUUUUUCAUCAGCUGCCUUAGUUAUUUUAAUUCUGUUUUUUUUCUUUUUUUUGUUGACCAGU